CGCCCUUAUUCCGGCGGCUCCCGAUUCCUUCCCAGAUUCGCUCAUGCAGACGUAUGGACGACGUUCAUUCCAGCAUUCGUUCGCAAUCGCUUCACCGGAAAGGGCAAACCUUACGCCCCCAAGUCGAAAGAAUGGAACCCCGCCAGCUUCUACAUCAUUAUCUUCAUCCUCAUCGGAUCGCAAGCCAUCCGCAUGAUCGCGCUCAAGAACGACUACGCCGCUUAUACCCGCUCGACCGAUGCGAAGAUCCGGCUUCUGCGGGAGGUGAUUGAGAGGGUCAACAAGGGGGAGGUGGUGGACGUGGAGAAACUUCUCGGCACGGGCAACGAGGCCAAGGAGAGGGAAUGGGAAGAAGUUCUCCGUGAGAUUGAGGAAGAGGACUCGCUGUGGCAUCGGAAAUCCACCGACUCUGCCCAGAAGCCCCAGGUGACAGAAAAGACGGAAAAG